GCUUUUCGCUGGGACUCGAGCGUGGGAGAGAUAACGACUAACCAGAUGUAACGAGACUCGAUCACAAAGCGUGUUAUUGUUUUUUUUUUUCGUGACUUGACGUUUUUACGGAAAAAAACUAAAUAAGUCUGGUGCCUGGACUUCCUGCUAAACCAGACGCAGCUGGAGGGAGGAGCAGAAGUGGUAAAAUAUCCAGAGCUUCUUCUAGGAAAGAAAGUUGUGCGUAAUGAAAGCAGCAUGGAGCGCUUUCCACAUCCCCCCAGCGGAUCUGUAGUUCUCCUCUAAACCAGGUCGCUGUUGUUCACCUAUAAAAUAAAACGUGGGGAAGAGCUUUUAUCCGACCUGUUGGUAGUUGUUGUGUCCUGUUUGUGUUCAAGCUGAAACAUGAGUCUGGGAAGCCGGACACGGACCGCUGCUGUGUUCACAGUCUACACGCUUCUUCACCAAGCAAUUUGCGUCCAUGCCGCUUCCUUCCAUUUCACGAAGGAGCCCAAAUCCCAGGAUGCAUUGCACGGACGCAGCGCCAUGUUGCGUUGUGAAGUAAAUGAUCCUGGCAGCAUCACGUACAGCUGGCUUCACAACGGUCAGCCCGUCUCUGACACGGAGCGUCGCUUUCAGGAAGGAGGCAACCUGAAGUUCACCGCCAUCGACCGAACCCUGGACUUCGGCAACUUCCAGUGCAUGGCCACCAAAAACACUACAGGAGAAGAGGAGCGCACAAGCGAGGCCAAUUUCAACAUUAAAUGGUUGGAAAGUGGUGGAGUGAUACUUCAGAGUCCAGCCUCAGAGGCAGACAUCGAGAGCUCCUCAUCGGUCACGUUACGCUGUAACAUUGACGGACACCCGCGGCCGACAAAUCGCUGGUACAGAGAUGGUGUACAUUUAGCAGAGAAGAGCCAGAAGAUCAACAACAAAGAGCGAACGCUGACUCUCCCCAGCGCCAGUCCUGAUGAUAACGGUGUCUACUACUGCUGUGCCAAAAAUGCUGUUGGCCAAGUGUGCAGCAGCUCCAACUUCACCCUUAACAUCAUUGAUAAGAGUUACCCACAACCCGUGGUGAAGCCCGAGGAUCUGGUGGUGCUGAAAAAUGAGGAGGCGCAUUUUCACUGCCGGUUCACGGCUGAGCCGCAGCCCACUGUAGAGUGGUUCCAUGGGGAUGAGAUGAUCUCCAACAAGAGUCGUGUGUUUCUGCUCAACAACGGCUCGCUCUUCAUCAGCCAGGUGAAGCAGCGCAACACCGGCCGCUAUAGUUGUGUGGCUCAGGGUCUCCGCGGCCAACGUGUCUCACUCGAGGCUUAUCUGAGAAUAGCAGAAAUCGAUGACAUGCAGGCUCGACAGUCUCGUGUCUUCACGGAUAACUCUCUGGAGCGUGUUACCUGCCAGCCGCCUCGCGGUCACCCCGAGCCUGAGGUGUGGUGGGAGCAGGCGGGUCAGCAUUUGCCCACUGAAGGCCGUGUCUUCCAGGAUGGUCUGGAUCUGGUUUUUAGCCCGACUCGUGCAGAGGACUCGGGUACCUAUACCUGUUUCGCCCAGAACAAAGCAGGACAGAAGAAACAGGAACUGACCGUCAUUGUGGCCACUCCACCUGAAUGGGUGCAGAAGCCAGAUGCAGAGAGCCAGCUGGAAGAGGGGCAUGCUGGGUAUUUACACUGUUACACCCGUGCCAUCCCUGAUCCUGAGGUCACAUGGUAUCGCUACAUGCAGCCAAUCAGUGCUGAGGAUACGCGGUUUAAGCAAUUCUCUAAUGGAACCCUGCGGAUCAACAGUGUAGAGGUGUAUGAUGGCCAUAUGUUCAACUGUGAGAGUAAAAACGAAGCAGGCAAACUCAACGCCUACGCCAAAGUCACUAUACUCGAGCGGCUAAAGUUCACUCCGACCCCACGGUCCUUACAGUGCCAGGAGCUGGAUAAGGAGGGCAGCUUGCAGUGUUCUGCCAAGGGCCGUCUGCCCCCCACCAUUCACUGGAUGAAAACUGACGGCAGUGAGAUCCCAGCACGGGUGGAACAGAAUGGAGGAACUUUGCACUUCACCACAGUGACGCGGGCAGAUGCAGGAAACUACACCUGUGUGGCCUCCAACAGCCUGCAAGGAGAGAUCCGUGCUGUUGUUCAGCUCACUGUGGCAGUGUACGUGACAUUUAAGCUGAAGCCAGAGAACACUACUGUGUAUCAGGGUCACACUGCCGUGCUGCACUGCCAAGCUACAGGAGAUCCUUCACCCAUCAUCCAGUGGAAAAAGAAAGACCAGUUCCUUGAGUCUAACAAAAGCAGGUUCCAGACAAUGCCCAAUGGCUCUCUGGUUAUUCAUGACGUCAGCACAGAAGACACGGGCAGCUACACGUGCAUUGCAGGGAACAGUUGCAAUAUCGCACACACAUCCGCUGAGCUCUACGUCGUGGAGAAGCCAGUGCAGCACAGUCUGGCAGAAGAUGAGAAGGCUCCCUACAAGAUGAUUCAGACCGUCGGGCUGUCUGUAGGCGCUGCUGUCGCUUACAUUAUCGUCGUGCUCGGCCUCAUGUUCUACUGUAAGCAAAGACGCAAAGCCAAGAGACUGCAGAAUUGCCAGGACAAAGAGGAGCCUGAGAUGGAGUGCCUCAACGGGGGUGCAACACAGCAGAACGGCCAAACCACAGCUGAGAUUCAGGAGGACGUGCCACUGAACACCAUGUCUGCAACUGGUAACAACAAACGGAACAGCACUCAUGACAAGCUGAUGUUUCCCCGCACAAGCCUGCAAGCCAUCACCACUCUGGGUAAAGGAGAGUUUGGCGAGGUGUUCCUGGCCAAGGUGAAGAGCGGUGCAGAUGAGGAAGAAACGGCCGUCCUGGUGAAGAGCCUGCAGACCAGAGAUGAGCAAGUGCAGUCAGAUUUUCGACGGGAAUGCGAAAUGUUCGCCAAACUCAGCCACCCGAACAUCACACGUCUGCUGGGCAUGUGCAGAGAAGCAGAGCCGUAUUACAUGAUCCUGGAAUACGCUGAUAUGGGUGACCUGAAGCAAUAUCUAAAAAUCUCCAAAAGUAAAGAUGAGAAAGUGAAAGUGCACCCACUGAGCACCAAGCAGAAGGUGUCGGUGUGUCUGCAGGUUGCUAGGGGGAUGGAGCAUCUCUCUAAUCAGCGCUUUGUCCUCAGGGACCUGGCUGCACGCAACUGCCUCAUUAGUGCCAAGAGGCAGGUCAAAGUGUCUGCACUGGGCCUCAGCAAAGACGUCUACAACAGUGAGUAUUACCAUUACCGUCAGGCCUGGAUCCCCCUGCGCUGGCUUCCAUCCGAGUCUGUGUUUGAGGACGACUUCUCCACCAAAACAGACGUGUGGUCCUUUGGUGUGCUCAUGUGGGAGGUUUUCAGCUUCGGAGAGCUUCCCUAUGCCGAUCUUGCCGACGAGAAGGUCCUGGAAGGUCUUCAGGAAGGGAAACUGAAGUUGUCCCUUCCUCACGGCUGCCCAUCUCGCAUAUACAAGCUGAUGCUACGCUGCUGGGCCUCCAGUCCUAAAGACAGAGUGUCCUUCAGCGACGUCGUCACGGCCCUCAGUGACCUUCCAUCUGAAAGCAAAGUGUGAGCGAGGGAUCGGCUGCUAGGACUUUCAAAUCAAUAGUCUUUAGCCAUUAAGAGGCUUCAGUCUUCUCCAUCUCAAAGAAAAAAACGGACUGCUUCUCAACAACGGCUGGAUCUUAUGUGUUUUUUAUGUCUUUUUUUUUCUACCUAGCGAUACAGCCAGUGUGUGAAGAUUGUGAGGAAGUUACUUUAUAUGCUAGAAUGAACAAACAGAAACAUAAGCAUGAAAGAAAAACCUGUUCUGAGCUACAUUAAUGGAAAUAACUAUCAUUUCACGUCUGCCUGCCGAGCAGGAAGAGAGCCUGUACCCUCACACCAAGUGCAUUUGUUAUAUAGACUUUUAAUGUCAUGCACUGAUCAGUUUUACUUUUUUGUAUUAUAGAAGGAUUGCUGGAGGAACCUCGUAAUUUAUUUGAAAGGUUCUGUUCGUUUGUUUUUUUAAUAUUUGUACUGUACAGAAAGGUACUGUUUAUAUUCAUCGUGUUAUUUGUUAGUUUGUUUUUCUUUUCUUUUUUUAAAUCCAGAAUAAAGCUGGAUUUAAAGUGUUUUUAAAGGUUCUAUACCUGAUUAGUGGUCAAUGAUGUGAUCAAAUUUCAGCUCAAGUGCCUGUAAGAUGAAGGAUAGCCUCAGUACACACAGAAUGCUGUAUCUUCUAUGGUUUAUUUUGUGUUUUUAUACAUUAGGUUUGUUUACCAGUUACUGGUACAGAUAUACACUUGUUGAUUUUGAUAAAUAUUCUGGAAAAACGACAAAAAAAAAUCUCUGUGAGCCGCAGAAACUAGCAUAUAAUUUGCUAAUAUAAUAAAGGUUCACCUUAUACAAAGA